AUGUUGCAAUACGCUCUUGAUCUCGGCUCUCAGGCCGGACUGUCCUCCACCUACGGCCGACUCGUAGCCGGCGCAGCUGUCCUGGGGCUCGUGCUGUAUGCCUGUUUCCGCGAGCCAGGCCUGUACCCGGGCAUCCCGACCUGGGGCGUUGAGAAAGGCUGGAUGAAGAUCGAGAAGGCGCGGCGCAAGUAUACAGCGCAGGGAACCCAGCUCGUCGCAGAAGCUGUCGAGAAGUUCUCGCAGCCCUACCAAAUCGCUACCGAUGUAGGCGUCAAGAUCUUCCUCCCCGCCCGAUACGCAGAGGAGAUCAAGAACGUCAAGCAGAUGAGCUUCAAGAAAGCACUCCAGUGGGAGUUCUUCCUCGAUUAUCCGGGCCUUCGGGCAAUGAACACACUCACGCACGAGGAAGACAUUGUGCAGAAGGUGACCCGGCAGAACAUCACACAGUCUCUGAAUCUGAUCACCGACGACCUCUCUGAAGAAGCCAACUUGGUACUGGAGGAGAGGCUGGGCGAAAACAAUGAAUGGACAUCCAUGGCACUGAAGCCCUUCGUCCUUGACCUCGUAGCCCGGCUCUCGUCGCGCCUGUUCGUCGGCGAAGAUCUCUGCCGCAACGAGGAAUGGCUGGAACUGGCCAAGAACUACACGCUGGAUACCUUCGCCGCCGGACGGGCCCUCCGCAGCUGGCCCUUUGCACUCCGGCGCAUCAUGGUAUGGAUACUGCCGGAAUGGAGGAAGAUUAGACAGGACGUCGCGGACGCGAGGAGAAUCCUCGCCCCGGUAAUCAACAAGCGGCUGGAGUGGAACUGGACGGCAGACGCAAAAGGUGUGCCGCGACCCAAGACGGGAGACACUAUCCAGUGGUUCCAAGACGCCUUUGAGAGAAACGGACUCGAGCCCAGGCCUGCGGAUGCGCAACUUGCACUCAGCGUGGUGGCCAUCCACACGACGACCGAACUGCUCACAGGUAGCCUCCUCGAUCUGGCACAGAAUGGUGACUUCAUCGACAGCCUGCGCGAGGAGAUGAUCCCUAUCCUUGACGAACAGAACUCUGUUGGAGACGGCGAUGCUGAGGGGACGGGGAAGAGACACUGGAAGAAGAACAGCCUCUAUAAACUGAAGCUAUUGGACAGCGCACUGAAGGAAUCACAGCGCUUGCACACCAGAGACAUCGCCUCUAUGCGACGCGUCGCCGAGGCCCCGGUCAAGCUCUCCGACGGUACUGUGAUCCCGAAAGGAGCCUUCACCUGGGUCACCCUGGACGCGUAUAGGAACCCAGACAUCUAUGCCAACCCGGAGGAAUACAACCCACGGCGGUUCCUUGACCUCCGCAAUCAGCCGGGGCAGGAGAACAAGUGGCAGCUGGUCAGCACGACUGCCGACCAUCUCGGGUUUGGACAUGGCGAGCACUCGUGUCCGGGACGUUUCUUCGCCUCCAAUGAGGUCAAGAUUGCGCUCGUGCACUUGCUGAUGAAGUAUGACUGGAAGCUGGCGGACGGGCAGAGGCCCGGAGACGUGGUGAAGGGGGGAAGUGAGAUAGGUGUUGACGCGGAAGCGAGGGUCCUGUUCAGAAGGAGACAAGAGGAGUGA